AUGGCGGCUUGCUUUCCUGUGCCCACCUCGCUUCUUGCAAGUUUGGACAAAGUUGCCACCUUCAUUUCUUGUCCGGAAGUGGCAUCUCCAAGGACGCCAGUCCUGCCUGCUUUCAGCAGUCCUGAGAGUGAAAUGUCCUUUGUCCAUCCCCCACGUUUCGAGAACAGCUCGGAGUGGGCAUCAAGCACCAAGUGCAGACACCCACCUGGGCUGGCACAAAGACAAGGCAAGCUCCUCUUGGAAGAGGACUUGGACACUUGCUGCACUGAAAGAAGUUCCAGUACCUUCGUAAUUGACCCUGGUUCCGCUUCUGGUCAAAACCCUGACUGUUGGAGUCCUCAGGAGUUGGUGGUGAUGCGGUUAUCUCUGAAUGAUGAAUGGAAACCGGGAGGUGAUGACGGCAGAGAUGGUGUCACCAACAGCACCCCAGGGACCUGUGAGGACCAGCUGCUGGCUGGUAUUUUUCGUGCAUGGGACACAGCCCACAGAGGCUCGGUAGGAAUGGGCAGAGUAAUAGAUUUUCUGAGACACAUGAGCCCAGAGGCUGAAGAGCAUGACCUCGAGGAGCUGAAGAACAUAUUUGACCCUGAAGAAAGAGACUCCAGUGUGGACCUGGAGGCGUUCCAGACAAUUGUCAAAUUGAUGGCUCGUUACCGGAGCACAUGUUGUUCCAGUGCAGGAGUCACCAGCAGGUUGAGUAGCAUCGCUGAUGAUUCUGUCUUUGAGCUGGGGGACAGCAUCAGUUCAGGCAGGGCAGUUUCAGGGACCACAGAUGACAUGGAUGUCUCAUCACAGGGAGCCUUAGAAGUGUCUGAUUUGAUAGACUACGUGGCACACCUACAUUUCAACAAGCGAAAGUUGGAAGAGGAAAAUCCUAAGUUUAAAUUGGCAAUAGAAACCUUGGCAGAAGCCAACGGGCAGUUGUCAGAGGAGUGUGCUGAGCGACACUUUCAGGUGAAAAGUGCCCAGCAGGCUAUUAUAACAAAUCUGUUAAAAGAAGAACUGGAACAACUGAAAAAUAGUAUGAAUGCUGCAGAAGAACAGAAGACCAUGCUUGAGGCCCAGAACAAACACUUAGAAACAAAAAACCGAGCUCUUAGCAGGGUUUGCUGCCCUGUGCUGGAUCAGUAAAACACUCCAUGUAUCUAAGCAUGAGGCAGGUGGGCCCAGCAA